AUGUCGAACAAGCGCGUCCGGGGUCUCGCCAUCCAUCGCCCCAUCCUGUACGGCUCCACCUCGACGCCUCUCACACCCGCAGAGAAGCUCGCCGCGCCGCCCGACCACACCCACAAGUGGACCGUCGCCGUUCGAAGCGCCGCCUCCCACCCGCUGCCCUCGCUCUCGACCAUCUCGGGUCUCGCCGCCAACAAUGCCAACGUCGACCCGGGCUCCGAGCUCGCUGCUGCCAGCGCCGCCAACGCUGCUGCCGGUACGCCCAGCACCGCCGCACCCGCUGCUUCGACCUCGACAGCAGCCGGUGCGUCUGCGACCAUCUCGACGCGCGGUCGCGAUGUGGAGCACGACUACCACAAGAUGGUCGGCGGCAAGGACGAUCUGUCGCACUUCAUCAAGCGCGUCCAGUUCAAGCUCCACGACACGUAUGCGCAGCCGACGCGCAACAUCGACAAGCCGCCGUACUCCGUGACCGAAACGGGAUGGGGCGAAUUCGAGAUCCAGAUCAAGAUCUUCUUUGUGCCCGAAGCCAACGAGAAGCCCAUCACGCUGUUUCACCAUCUCAAGCUGCAUCCCUGGCUGGCGUCAGUCGCAGCAGUACAGUCCGAACAGCCACCAGCACCUUCGAUCCCUGCGCCGCUUCCGCCGGCAGACACCUCGGCACCGACCACAGCCACAGACGCUGCGGAAGCGACCCCGACAGUAACCACAGAGACGUCCGCAGAAUCCACCAAAGAGCAGCCCGAGACGACAGAGAUGGAUGUGGAUCCGGUCAGCAGUUCCAACGGCACCGAGACGGGCAUGCAGUCCGAGGCGGCGGGUGGAUCUGGCACUGCGAUCACGGCGCCUGCAGUGCCCAAACCGGCGCUUCCGCCCGUGGUGCAUUCGUGGCAGUACGACGAGAUCGUGUUCCCGGAGCCGAUGGAGGCGUUCUAUGACAUUCUGUCCACGCAUCCGCCCACGCAGCUCGCGGUGACCUCGGCGCUGGCGUUUGUGGACCCGGCCGCCUACCGCUCGUACCAGUAUGCGCUGAGCGAGGCGGACAAGGGUGCGAGCAGCGGGCCGGCGCCGAUCCCGCCGCAUCCGCUGCACACGCCCACAGGUUAUCUGUUUGAUGCGCUCUCGCUCGAGGCACAGCAGGCCGAGGGCGAUCGCUUGGACAUGGCAAGGGUCGCGGCGAUUCGCGACCUCGAGUCGGGGAGAGAGCAGCUGAUUCGCGCAGAAAAGGCGCUCAAGGACGCACGGAAUCGCAUCACGACGCUCAACAAUGCGCUCAUCGCCUCCGCCACCGCUUCCAACACUGCACCGGGAGUACCGGCGAAUGGUGCAGCGCAGCAGGCCAAGUAG